UCCAGAGUGUAUUAACCACGAGCUAGAAGUUUUAGAAUGGCCUUUUUCAAAUGGAUCCAUGAAUUGAUGAAUCCCAAAAACUUCUACGCCGCACAGGCACCAAUUUUAAAGUCCACUUUCUUCGGUGGAAUGACACCGUUUACCGUUGUAAACCGACGUCGGCAUGAUUCCGCGCUGCAAUGCACCACGUUUGGAUACAUUAAUUCCUGCAUCCACGCGUUAACCUUCAGCACGUGCUAUAUCAUAACACUCGGGAAGCAAGAAAGCGUUACAGCUCAUUUCUUCGACUCGGAAAUAAGCACCCUUGGUGAUAUCCUGCAACUUAUGGUUGGAUUAGUGGCACUCAUAUCAACCUUUGGGUACGGUGUCUUCCGAAGACAAACGCUUAUCGAUGCGUUCCAUGCUUUGGCUAGAACCGACGUUCAUUUCAAAGAAAUAGGAGUUGAAACCGACUACAGAAGUACGUUACUUUACAACUAUGGUCUAUUGUUCAUCCAGUUAGUCAUCAGUUUGACUUACAUCUUCGUAUCGAUCAGCAUCGUUACCAGUUCGGGGGUGUUUAUCUGUGCUACGACCUGGGCCGCCUUCUUCCUUCCAUUCUUGAUGAUGACUAUGAGCAUUUCUCUCUUUUUGUGCAUCGUAAAUCAGAGCAAGCAUCGGUUCUACCUUUUGAACAAGAUCCUCCGAUCCCUCCAUGAAAUCAGCCUGGAUAAGCGUCGGCUCUCGUUCGACGAGAAGCAAAUGGAAGUAAAAGUUAUGAGGAUUCAAAAACCGCUCGGUAUUUCGUCCGUUUUCUCCAACACCAAUCGGUACAUGCCGGAUGUCAUCAAUCAGGUGGCCAAUAUUCAGAGUGAAAUCUGCGAUGCCUGCGACUGUGUCGAGAACUAUUUUAAUGUCCAAAUGUUAACGAUUGUGACAAUUUCGUUCCUGAUUGGUGUUUUCGAUUCUUACUACAUUUUGGAAACGAUUUUCACGGACAACUCCAGUGAUACGCCAUUCACCAAGCUGCAGUUCAUUGCAUUUUUCCUAUGUCAGGGAGUCAUGCACGUGGUUGGAGUAUUGAAAAUAGUUUACGUUAAUAGCUUCACCGUUCAGGAGAACAAACAAAUUGCAGUUAAUGUUCACAAGUUGAUCAACGUAAACCAUUACGAUGAAGAGUUAACAAAACAGCUUACGAAUCUAUCGCUGCAACUGAACCACAGAAAAGUGGCUUUCACGGCUUACGGUUUUUUCAAGCUAGACUUCACUCUACUUUUCACGCUUGUUGGAGCAGCAACUACGUAUUUGGUUAUUCUCGUACAGUUUAGCCUUAAUCAGUCCCAACCGUGCGAUCCUAAGAUGAUAUCUGCCAUCACGGCGCAUCGAAAUGCAACGAAAUCACCUUAAGAAGAUGUGCACAAAUUAAAUUGAACAUACCGUGCAAUGUCCACUGAUGGUUGUAAACCUUCAAUAAUGCGGUUGAGAUUUUAUUUGCUGUCGUAGAUAGGUUGUCGCAAACUACAUGUUGAAGAAAAUCAAAUGAAUUAUAGAGCCUUUGAGUCUCAAAAUUUCGAGAAUUAGCACUGUUGUAGAAAGUACAAUGCCAGCAGAUGAAAGCGUUGUAUACAAUAUAUUCAUCAAGGGAGCACAAUGAAUACUACAUAUUAAUAAGUGUGAUGAAGGAUUUGCAAUAUUAGUAUCAAUGUUUUUUUCAUGUAUUCCUUAAAUAUACCGAUUUGAUAGACGAUAAAAUAAACUUUUUCUAAUGUCGCAUGUUUC